AUAUUACCUAGAAAAGGGGUAACCCUGGAGAGGAGAAGGUUUCUUAAUAAAUACCACGACGAUAACAACAUCGCCUAACGAGGCUACAAGCUGUAAGGCAACGGACGAGUGGCGCUUUUACAGUUCGCUUCCAGACGGUAGGCCACAAGCUGAACGGAGGUUAUUUUACUGCAGUGGCCCUGAUAGGACGGCGCUAUUUUACUUCCACCUCUUCUUCUUCUCUACUACAUCAACAUCGUUGGAGUUUUGGGAGAGGGGUUGCUACUAGACGCUUUGCUACCGCCGGAAGUCGCGUUAAGGUCAGCGCUCUCUUUAGAUCCCCUCGCUUUAAGUGACUGAGCAAAAACACGAAGCGAAAGCGAGAGAGCGACAGAGAGCACAGAGGCAAGCAGAGGCGAUGCAGUGGUUGUGAAACUUGCUCCCUCGCUCCAGAGAGACCGAGUAGAUAGCUAAAUAGAUAUAUAUUAAUGGACUCACGCACCAGAUGACAUAGGAUUUUAUUUAUGGAGAUCUAUUUCUUAGCUGCUGUUUUUACAACAGCACUGUCUAUGGGUGAUGCAAUUCGGUGCUAUAUUUGUCAUUCUGGAAUGCUUGCCGGCUGUAAGGACACAUUUGACUUCAGUAGACUUGCUAGAGCAUCUGCCUCCUUGGAUAUGGAGCCGUUUGUAGAGUGUGAAUACGGGUGCCAGAAAAGCAAGACACAGUCUGGAGACUAUUCCCUGGUGCUACGUGGCUGCGCAUUAGGAGUACAAGAUCAUGGUUGCCAGUACAUGCAAGCGAAAGGCGCAGAUAUGUGGUUUUGUUACUGCAAUUCAGAACUAUGCAACUCGGCUCAACACAGGACUGCCAACUUAUGGUGCUAUUUGCUCGCCAUAGCAACUUGUAUACUCAUAAUAUACAGAAGAACAUGAUGGUAUAAACUAAUAUAUAUUUUAAUUACAUGAUAAUUGAUAUGUAUACAGUACAAGCGGAAAAGACAAAUGGAAGCUCUUCUAUGGAGGA